AUGACUCUUCUCCAAAACCAAAUUCAAAUUGACGCCGCUCGAAAUCAACAGCAAAAAGCCUGGCAAGAUUUUCUAAACAAUCUGGCUCAUCUCGUAAGUCCGACUCAAUUCGGUGCUACUCAAAAUCAACAGAAAAAUGGCUCACAAGGUUAUCUGUCUAAUCAAAUAAGUCAGCUCCGAGACCAAUUCCAAGUUGGUACCGCUCAAGGCCACCAACAAAAUACUUGGCAAGCAAUUCUGCACACGCAACGAGUUCAACAACUUCAAGGAUUUGCACCACAGCAGACUCUUCAAGCAGUUAUUGCUCAGCAGCAACAUUUUGCUCAACAACAACAACAUGUUCAGCAGCAGAAUCUUGUUGAGCAACUUGUGCAGCAAAAAGUCAAUCAGCUGGAUCAACUUGCACAGCAGCAGCAACAACAACAGCCAGCCCAGUUGGAAUGGCCUAAUCUCGACCCGGUUGUACAAAAGAAAUUUCAGGAGAUGAUAUUAAAAAUGAUGACACCUGAACAACUCCAAAGAGUUAUUGCACAACUACAUCUCAUUCUUCAAAGACUACAAAUGGACAUGGCUCCUCCAGAUCUGUUAUAUGGAAUGAAUAAUGGAGGUCUUCAAGUUCCCCAUAUGCAACUUCAAUUUGGAGUUCAUCGUGCACAGUCCAUUGAUCAUCAACCGCAGGUACCACAACUCAUGGUCCAACAACCGAUGGUCCCACAACCAAUUGCAUAUGAUUUUCUUACAGCUCAACAAAAACAACUGCAUCAAAUCCAACUUGCGAACGCUGAGCAGCAACAGCGGCAUCUUCAAAAUCAAGCUCUCGAAGCACAGAUGAUUGCGGAAAUGCAGAUUGGGCAACAAAAUCGACCAGAAGUGAAUCAUCAGAUGCAAGAAUUUGACCGUCCCCAGCUGACUCCCCAAUCAUCCCCAUCUCAAUCCCCUCAAAUGCGAGUUCAGACACCACGACAAGAUAUCCAGAGACCAGAAGACCUUGAAAAUGAAGUGGUUGGAUACGUAAAAAACGAAGUGGUUGACGACGAUCAAAUUGACGGAGACGUAGAAAUGGGCGUGAAAGAUGAUGUAGAGGUAGAAGCAAAUCCAGAAGUUCUUCUUGGUGAGGCUCCAGAGCAAGCACCGGUUCUCGACGCCCUUCCGGAGCUUGACCUAGGAGGAUUCGUUGAUCUCCAGAACAUGCCAACGACGUCGAGUUUUGCUAUGAAUUUCGAUCUUCUUCAGGGUAUAAGAGAAAUUAAUCUUGGAGCAUCUUCCGGCUCUUCUGGGAAUGUUAGCCCAGGCUCUGAAGCUCCGAUGAACCAAGUUUUCGCUUUGCCCCUUCACCCGGCUCAGGGUUUCCUUCCAUUCAUUCCGCAGAACCAGCAGCCAAGUGUCUUCGGGAAAGCCAAUCCCAAUUUCUCAAGACAGAACAUCAAUGUGUUGCAUAAUCCGCUAAGAAAUAUCACGGAAUAUCGAAAGAAGAAGCCUUCGAAACGUGAAGUAUUCCUCCAGAUGGGUUUGAACAUUAAUAUGAUUCCUGGUAAAGCAACAGAGACGUUCUGCUCCGAAGAGAACAAAACGGUGACGGCGGAACUAUUGUAUUUAUUCAAGGAGCACUUUCAUAUUUAUCAUGAAUUCAUAACUCUGGUGAUAGAAGUGCCGUCAGGGACGUUGUCAAAGAUCUACGAUUGCGGGAAAAACCGGCGCAUUCAAACGCUUUCUGCGUAUCACGAGGCGAUUCUAGACCAACAUCUCCACGCUUUACUCAAUUUUUGUUAUCAAUUAUUAUUCUGCCCUGGAGCAGUUCCAUUUAUGGUGCAUGUUGGGCGUCCUACCAGCUUCCGACACCGUUAUCAAUUGGAUCCGAAAUGCUACAAAAGCACGGGACAGAAAAGAGAUGGUCCAACCACCGAUGGUCCCACAGGAGAUGGUCCCACAGGCGAUGUUCCAGCAACCGAUGGAGCCACAGGCAAUGGUCCCACAAUGAAUAAUGAAGGUCAUCAAAUGCCCCACAUGCAACCACAACUUGGUGCUCAUCGUCCACAAUUUAUUGUCCAUCAACCGCCCGUUCAACAAAUGAUGGUUCAAGAACCGAUGGUCCCACAACCGAUUUUCCAAGCACCGCUUGUCCAACAAUUGAUAGCUCAACUAGAGACUCUCCAACCAGCGAUUGAAUAUGAUAGUCUGUUGGCUCAACAAAAGGAAGCGUCACGCAAUCCAACGUCCAAACACUGA